UGUCGAGAUGCAUUUGUAAUUUCGUAUCAAACGAAAGUUGUUUACAGACGCUCACGCAAUCGAAGCGAAAUUGUCUAAAAGUUUUUCCAAGUGAUAUGGAGAUGCAUUUGCACUCUGUACUUCUUUUUUGUACGCUCAAGGAAAGCAAAUUGUUACAAUUCGAUUUCGUUCCUACUUCUGUCAAAUAGAAACAGAAAGUUACGAGCGAUUUUGAGGAUGUCUCGCUACCCUUGACUAAACCUAUACUUAUACUCGGUUCUGUGUUUGACAACCUUCCGGAUUGCGAAAACGGCAUUAACCAAGAGAUGGACGUUAACUUAAACGCGAAGCGACCGAAGACAAGAAAGAGAAAACGUCACUCGAAGAUUAAACGCCGGGAACAAGCCCGCCUUGAGGUUAGGUUUGCCAAACGUCGUAAACUCGUGGCUGGUGAACGUAAUGUUUACGUUUCUGUUAAGUCGAAGGAAAAACUAACGAACGCCAUGCAGGCGAACACAUUCUGGGAAAACUACAAAGCCGCUCACGAGUGGCAACAAAGGCAUAGUGUAGAGUGGUGGAAAUCACGGUGCGUUGCACUGGAACAUGAGAACGUUAUUCUGCGUGAUAAAAUAAGGGAGUUGACGUCAAACUCGAUUCGACACGGAGUCAAUGAUUCCUCCGUCAAGCAAGGCAGACGUAGAGGAGCACGGACUGAGAGCCUUCGACGAAGUAGUCGCAACAGGGGGGACGACGAAUGGCAGGAGCAAGAAGAAACUUCGGAUAAUGAUAACCUGGAAUUUCAAGUUGAUGAAGAUAUGAUGAAGUUUUUCGAACAAACUAUUAGGCACAAGAUAGAAUUAAAGGAAAAACGGGACGUCGAAUCUGCCCGGGAAAAGGCGGAGCUCGAGGAGGAGGUUCCAAUGGAAGGUGGAGCCGCUUGGAUGCGGACUAAACUUGAAGGGGCUAAAUUACUUUACGGUACCGCUAGUCCCAGAAUCUUGGCCAUGGAAACCGCUCUGCAGGCUACAAACGAUCGGCAUAAAGACCGAGCAAAGCCGCAGUACUGGCCAAAUAUUCCCCUGAAAUUGUAGAUAGUUAUUGACGUUUUUUAUUUCACUGGUCGCUGGUAGCAAACUUCAUUUUCAUUUUUAAAGGUAGUUAACUAGCUGUUAACGUAUUAGAUCCUGCUAUGAGCAUUGCGUAUUUAUUAAACUAAGUAUUAUCAUACAGCAAUUACUUUGUGGACUUUAUAGUUUUAUGCGUAAUAUUUGGUUAAUAUCUAGCGAUAAUGUGUGUGUGUGUGUAUA